GGUACGGCGUUGUUGUUUUGGGGGUCGCAGAGCGCAGCCACGUAUCCGUAUAUAUUAUGUGUAUGUAUAUUAUAUAUGUGUGUGUGUAUGUGUGUAUAUGUGUGUAUGGGGAUACAGUCAAACGUCGGUUAUCCGAACAUCAAUUAUCCGAACAAGAUCUCAAGGUCCCGUGAAUAUUUAACGGUAAUUAAUGAGAUCAGAUCAGUUAUCUGAACAAAAUACUCCCCGCUCGUCUCGUUCGGAUAAUCGAGGUUUAACUGUAUAUAUAUGUGUGUGUAUAUGUGUUAUGAUUAUGUGUGCAUUUGUGUGUGUGUGUGUAUGUCACUGUUUCCUGGAACAAUGAUCAUGUUGUCGCCAGCGUAUAUAUGUGUGAUAUUGCUGUAGUGUUUUUUGGAGACAUUUCAGGUGUAACUUACAAUAAUUAUAGAGGUUUUUGAGCGAGACUCCACAGAGCUGAAGCCAUAAACCGAAAAUCGCUAGGCUGCUGCUGAAGAGGGAUGUUGGAAUCGGGAGGCGUGAAGAUGAAGCAGUCAGCUAAGGUCACUCCACGCUGCCGCCGAGGCAUCACGUUAACACCAAGCGCCCUCUGCUGGAUAAAGACGCAAUCGCUUCUCCGUAAUCGUCAACUUCCAAGCAGACCGCUAGUGUCCGUCGUCCACCCGAAGCUCGAAGGUUGUGAUUCAGCAUCCGCGAAGCUCGAAGGUAGUGAUUCAGCAUCCGCGAAGCGCGAAGCUAGCGAGAGCCGUAGAUAGUCCGCCGAGAAAGAAAGCCGAGCGUGAAUUGCACGGGGAGGAGAAUUCCCGUCCGGAUAAGCGCGCGCCGGGAGGAAGCAUCCGGGAAUCUGGCAGGGAAAGCGCGAGCACCGCGGAACAGCGAGGAACGGGGGGGGAUAGCUCCGCGCUUCCGGAUCCCGGAGAGACGGCGCGACGGCCGCGGCAGACGCGAUGAUGUGCCGCAUGUGCGUGAUCGCUGCGGCGACGGAGGUGCGUUGCCGCGGCAACGACGACGACGUCCGCGAGCCGCUGAUGAUGCUGGAGCUGCGGCAGUGGCUCGGACUCGAGUUCUCGUCGUCGUCGUGGCGACCGCAGCUGCCGCGAUGCUCGGAGUGGCGUGAGUGCCGACGCCGCGUCGCCGCGACCCCGGGGUCGUCGAGGAUGCCCCACAUGUGCCCCCUGGCGGCGACGCCCGCCCCGUGCGAGGCCAGCGACAUGACGACUAUACCGGAGACGCGCCCUCUGGCGGCGAGCGGCGGCGAGCGCGGGGUGUCGCAGUCGGAACUGACCGUCGUCAGCAAGAUGGCGCCACCGGUGAAUCGGCGGAUGAACCCGAUGCCAGCGACGGACUACGCGUGGCAGGCGGCGGAGAGGGAGGCGGGGAAGCUGAUUCGCCGUGGCAACGGGGGGAGUGCGGCGCGGCGUCCGAGCACGCUGCUGACGGUCGGCACCGUGAUCCUGACCCUCGCCGUCGCCGUCGUCGGAAUCCUCGCCUUCACCCUCGUCGCCCUCGUCGCCGCCUCCUGGGUCACCUUCUCCGCCGCCUACAAGAUGCUGGAGCAGACGAAACGGCGUUUCCGCGGCAACGAGAACGUCCCGAGCAGCAGCAGCAGCCCCCGUCGCCGCAGCAGUCCGGAGUGUUCCUCCGACGGGCCGACGGUCGACGGCGAUUGGGAGAAGGUCAAGUAGUCGUGUAUUCAAGGUCAUGUAGUCUUGUAUUCAAGGUCAAGUAGUCUUGUCGUUCCCGUGACGAUAUUUGGGCGUUUCGACGAAUUCUUUCGACAUUAGCGAUUAUGUAAAAGCUGUAAAUUACACUUCGCUGCGGACACGACGAGUUACACACACACGCAGAUACUCGUGGCGAACGGUAACACGGUAGAUUGUACAUGUUGUAAUUAAUUUGUAGUCCGUACGGGUCGUGUCUGCAGUCGUUGUGAUAUAUUUAAACUGAUCAGGAGGUCUAAGCUACGGAGUACGUAGUUUACGUUGCAGGCAGUACUAGCGUAGGUUGUUGGUACAAACCAUGGUCAACGGUGUAAAUAAGGACAAUACAUUCGUUUUCGUAAUCGAAUUACGCAUUCGUAGAAAGUUGGGGGGGGGGUUGAAAUAGCAGGUAGGUGCGGUGCGACUUGGGUGUCAAGCCUGCGUCAUAUGUUUACUGUUUGUGAGGGCGUUUUGAUAGUUUUUUUGGGUGUGUUCAUCGAGGUACGGUAACACCUUGGCUAGCUGUAAAGAUCUAUUUGUCAACAGGCGGCGAUAUGGAAGCUAGCUGUUUACUUAUACGUCUACGUGUACAAAUCCUGUAAUUGCCCUGUUUGCGUUGAAAAAAAAACGUAUUUUUUUGUAUUGAA